AUGUUGUUCAAAUCUGUUGUGCUUGCUACGUUAGCCGUAGCUUCAUACGCUUCCACAUUCAAUUUCGUUCGUGAUGAAGCAGGCUACGCUAUCUUACCUCCUACUGAAGUAGUUCUUUCACACUUGUCGUCGCAAACUCCCGAAGAGGAUCCUAGCGAAUACCAUGUCAUCAAGACUGUUGCUGAAAACGGUGAGGUUAUCAGAGUCAACUUACACACCCAUCAACAGGCCAGUACUGGAAUUUACAAGAGAGACUAUGACAAUUCUGUGUACUACGAUCAGUCUAAGCUUGCUGCUAGAACUAUUUUCAACAAUGACGGUACUUGCUUCAACAAGGACGAGGACUUCGAGACUGGUGCUUGUGAUUUCGACUUCGUUGGCUACGAUAACCCAGAUAACUGUAGUGGUGCUGGUGGUAGUAAAUACUCCUGUGUUGUCGACAUUGAACAUUUACAAGAUGCCACUGUCAAAGCAAAGGAUCUGGACCCCGUCGCAGCCUUGGUCAGAUGUUACAAGGACCUUGAUUCCGCUAAGAAAGCCAAUGCCACCGGUGGUGCUUGUGGAAAGUAA